ACUGCAGAGCUGUGAACACGGCUCUGCUGCAGACCAGUCUGACAGCUAAAGACUCUGAUACAAAGACGUACACUCAGGACGGCGUGUGUCUCACAGAGUCUGGUCUGUCUCACCUGCAGUCUCUGGUUGAACCUCUGACCUCAACACGCAGGUACCGCAGGAGUAAACCCAAACUGAAGCUGAGGAUCAUCAAUCAGAACAGCGUCUCCGUCCUUCAGACACCGACGGAGCCCGAUCCCCCAGGCAAGCAGGACCCUUGCAGAGGUGACCCCGAGUGUGACCCCAAGUCCGACUCCAGCCCAGAGCGAGACCACGCCCAUGACGAUGAUAUCAGCAAGGAGCCAGAGGUUACCGAUGGCAACAAAAAGAGGAAGAGGAAGCCCUACAGGCCAGGUAUUGGGGGCUUCAUGGUGCGUCAGCGUGGAGGGAGGUUGGGAGCGAGCAGGAUCAAGCUGUGCAGGAAGGACUCUUCGGAGACGCUGCCGGCGCAAGACGAAGACGUUACCAUAGAGACGGUGCCUCCUGCAGACCAGAUGCUGGAGAAGGUGAAGAAGAGAUACAGGAAGAAGAAGACCAAGCUGGAGGAGGAGUUCCCCUCCUACCUGCAGGAGGCGUUCUUCGGUCGGGAUCUUCUGGAUCGCAGCCGGCAGGUGGACAGGAGGCCGGGGACAGAGACGCCAGCUGCUCGCCAAUUAGGAGCCGUAACAGGUGAUGUGAAAGGCCCCGCCCCCUCAGGCUUGCCGCUCGGCGCCAUGGCAACCAACAGCGCCAGGAAGCAGGGAACGCUGCGUGAGUUUAUCUACGUUUUCUACAUCGUUUUUCACACCCGCUCAUUUUUCAUUCGU